AUGAAUUUCUAUAUUGUGGUAGUGUCGGCGUUCUUCGGCGCUAUCGGCAUAGCUGGUCAGAACACACUAUGUCCUCAAAAUCAAGUGAUAAAUGACACUUUGAGGAUUUUGGCCGUAAAAAGACAUAAUCAAAUAAGAUCACGAGUUGCUGGAGGGCGUUUCUUCUCUUCAUCACAGGUUUACGCGCGUCAAGCAUCGAAAAUGAUAAGACUUAGCUACGGCUGUGAUGCAGAAGCGAGCGCUCACAGAGCGGCUCAGAGUUGCUCCACCUCGAAUUCUGGAACGACUACCGCUGAAGCUCGAUAUGCCUACCAAGGCGUAGAUGUUAUUUAUGAAACCGCUUUAAGAACGGCUAUAGCCAAUUGGAGGGAUGAGAUUAACACCGGGAGACUACCGCAACGUUCUACGGAAACGAACAUCUAUCAAACAAAUCUUGGGAUACCAAACCUAGCGAUGAUGAUUUGGGACACUCAUGUAUAUGUUGGCUGCUCCAUUGUAAGGUGUACUACAUUCACUAACGUUGUUUGCCACUAUACUCCUGCAGGGGGUGCUCCAGGUUCGCAAAUAUACAAACCAGGGCCCAGUUGUAGACGCUGCUCCAGCAUUGGAAUGUCGACGUGCGCCGGCGGAUUGUGUAGCCCAUAA